GGCGGCUGCCGGGAAAGGACCGGGGGCACUGGGGGGACUGGGAAGGGCUGAGAAGGGCUGGGGCGGACUGGGACACCGGGAUACAUCCAGACACGUCGGGAUACGCCGGAACCACGACCGGGACCUGCCGGGAGCAGAACGGGGACCCACAGGGACCCUCUGGGACCCACCGGGAGCAGAACCGGGACCCACUGGGAGACACAGGGACCAGAACCGGGGGCCACCGGGACCAGAACCAGGACCCACGGGGACCUACUGGGACUCACCGGGACUCACCGGGACCCACUGAAAGCAGAACCAGGACCCACUGGGACCAGACUAGGACCCCUCCGCGCCCCCCGCCCCCCCGAUGUUGUCCCCCGCCAUCCGCCGGCUCCUGGCCCUGCUGCGCCCCGAGUGCAGGCAGUGGGCGCUGGUGGGGGUGCUGAUGGUGGCCUCGGCCCUCGGCGAGGUGGCAGGCCCAUACUUCACGGGCCACAUCACUGACCAGGUGACACAGGAGGACACGUCGGCGGCCAUGUGGCCCUUGGUGGUGCUGGGGCUCGGCAGUGCCCUCACCGAGCUGGUCUGUGACUGCACGGCGGCUGUGGCGCUGACGCGGGUGCGGGCACGUCUCCAGUGCGGCGCGGUGGCCGCGGUGCUGCGGGGGAACGUGCCCGGCCCGGGGGGCAGCCUGGGGGACACGCCGGGUGCGGUGGCCGCGCGGGUGACGGGGGACGCAGAGGCAGCGCACGCGGCGCUGGCCGAUGCGGUGGUCCCGGCGCUGUGGGCGCUGGCCCGGGCCGGGGCCCUGCUCGCCGUGAUGGCCUCGCUGGCCCCGCUGCUGGCCCUGGUCACACUCCUGGUGCUGCCCCUCCUUCUGCUGCUGCCACGUGCCAUCGCAGGCAUCCAGCAGGUAGUGAGAGGGACACAGGGACUUCGAGUCCCUUGUCAGCUCCCUUGGCCCCUUGUCACAUCUGUGUCCCCAGUGUCACCUCCCUGCACCCCCUGUCCUCUCCCCGGGCCCCUCGUCAUCUCUCCAGACUCCUCAUUACUUCCCUGGGCCUCUUGUCACCUCCCUUUACUCUGUGGUGACUCCUCUGUCCCCUCCCUGUCCCCACCUUGUCCACCCUCUGUGCCCUCCAACCCUGUGGUGACCCCCUGUCCUGUGUGUCCCCAGGACCUGGCGCGGCGGGCGCGGGCGGCGCUGGCUGAUGCCACCGCGGUGGCCGUGGAGUCACUGAGGGCCCUGAGGACCGUCCGGGCCUUCGGACACGAGGCCGGAAUGACCGCACGUGUCCAGCAGCGCCUCAGCCACAGCCACCAGCUGGAGUGUGGGGAGGCCCUGGCCUACGGGGCCGGGCGGUGGGCCAGCGGGUUCCCGACGCUGGUCAUGAAGCUGGGGCUGCUCCUUGUGGGGGGACGCUUGGUGGCUGCGGGGACCAUCACCCCUGGGGAGCUUGUCACCAUCCUCAUGUGCCACCUGAACUUCACCCGGGCUGUGGAUGCCCUGCUGUUGUACCUCCCAGACCUGGCUAAGGCUGUCGGCUCCUCCGAGACGCUCCUGGAGCUGCUGGACAAGGCCAAGUGGGUGGCACCUGUGGGGACACUGUCACCUGUCACCCCCCGGGGCCAUGAGGCUUCCAGGACUCCAGGCCUGUGUCUCAAGGAUGUCUACGUGACCUACCCUGGGCGGUCCGAGCCCGUCCUCAAGGGGGUGUCUCUGUCUCUGGCUCCAGGGGAGCUCCUGGCCGUGCUGGCGCCCCCUGGCGGCGGGAAGAGCUCCCUGGCGGCGGCGGCGCUGGGACUGCGCCCCCUGGCGGGCGGGGCGGUGCUGCUGGACGGGACCCCCCUGAGCCCCCGCGCGGACCCCGCCCUGCGGCGACAGGUGGCCGGUGUCCCGCAGUCUCCAUCCCUCCUGUCCCGCUCCCUCAGUGCCAACAUCACGCUGGGUUGGGGACACAGGGAGGGGAUGCAGGUGACACAGGUGACAGCGGCGGCACAGCGGGUGGGGGUGCACACCUGGGCCACACGGCUGCCACAUGGCUACGACACAGAGGUGGGCCCGCGGGGGAUGCAGCUCUCGGGGGGGCAGGCACAGGGGGUGGCGCUGGCCCGGGCCCUUCUCAGGACCCCCCGGCUGCUGGUGCUGGACGAGCCCACGCGGGCGCUCGACCCCGUGACCCGGUGCCAGGUGGAGCAGGAGCUGCUGGGUCCUGGUGGCCUCGGGGCCGGGGAGGGGCCAGCGGUGCUGCUGGUGACAGGGCAGGUGGCCCUGGCCCGGCAGGCACCGAGGGUGGCCCUGCUGGAGGGGGGGCGGCUGCGGGAGCUGGGCAGCCCUGGGGAGCUGGCGACACCCCCCUGGGAGACAGCAGGGGACAGCGAGGACACCUGGGAGGGGGGGGGGGACACUGAGGACACUGGGGAUGGGGAGGGGGACACUGGGGACAGUAAGGGUGGGGGACACUGA